CUGACUGAGUGUUUAUGAGAGUGAGAAACGAGCAUUAACCAACAUUGAAGUCUUGUCAUUCCUUACAAGCCAUGUGAAUUGGAUAGACUAACUUUGAAAACAUAACAUAAUUGUAACAAUUUGAAUUUACUUCACUUUUAUCAUUUGUUAACUGUUAAUAACAUUGUCAACUUGUGAAUUUAGUCUCAACAAUCAACUGGACUAAACUACAAUCAAUUCAUUUGUCAUCGUUCUUCAUUUAUUAUCAAUUGUUCACUUAUUUAGUUAUGUUCGUAUAUUUUCAUCCUUUCAAACAUUCAAUCCUUUGACAUACAAAUAUAUAAAUCAACAUAUAUUUCAUCUUCAACUUGGAUUAUUGAAUCUUAAAUAUUGGAUUAUUUGGUUUCUCAUCAAAUAUCAUCGGAUUUAACGUUAUAAUACAAUAUAAAUAGUGAGAUUGAUAUUAAAAUUAAUAAUAAAAUUAUAAAUUUCAGACCUGUGAUUGGGUCAUGCAGUAGAAAUAUGCUUUGUAUUCAACAAAAUCAGAGCUGUUCAUUCAAAGGACCAAUUUCUCAUUCACCAAUAUCUUCAACUAAUAUUUUUGAUCCUUUACCUUCACUUAAUUCAGUUCAAUCAAAUUCAACAACGUGUGAAGAGGAUCUUUCAGAUAUUUCAGCUGAUUUUUCAUUUGAUGUACCUUUAGAUGGUAUUUUGGAUCAAAUGUUUAAUCAACAAUCAAAUUUCGAUUCACUCGGGCUUGAUCAAGGACAAUCUGGUUACUCAAAUAGUGGUUCCAAUACACCAGUUCAGUUGAAUUUUCAAAGAUCAACUUUCACCGAUAAUAUUAACGAGAAUAACUCUUCUCAUAACAUUAUCACCAACAUCAACAACAACAACAACAACAGUAAUAAUAACAGCAACAAUAACAAUCAAAACAAUAAUUCAAGUAUUAUACUUAAUAAUGAUAAUACUAUUAAUAACAUCUUAGGCAAUAAUCAAGGAUCAUUGAUUGGAUCAAACGAGACAUCUUUAAGUUCAACACCAACUACACCUAAUUCAGCAACUUUACCAAGCUUCAUGGAAAUUUAUUCACCAAGAAAUUUUCCUCAACCACCACAACAACAACAAUCACAAUCACAUUCUGGACUUAACAUUACACCAACAACUAACGAUGAAACAUCUUCAUUCUUUAAAUUUGAUGACUUCAAUGAUGAUGAUAAUACAUCAUUAUCUGAAGUUUCAUUUGCUUCUGUUUCAAUCAAAAAUUCCAACACAGGAUCAGGAUCAUUGAUUGAUUUAUCAUAUGUUAAACAAGAAGAUGAUUGUGAUGGUGAUUUAAAUAACUGUGCAAUGCCAAUAUCAAUUCAAACAGCAACUAACCAACUUCAACAACAACAUCAUCAACAAUUAAGACAACAGCAACAAUCCCAGCAAUCACAACAACAACAACAAUUGCAUAGUUUUCGACAAAAUCCUCUGCAUCAAUAUACAAGAUCUGUAAAUCAACAAGAUGUCAACUCUCCAUUUACAGCAAGUUCGAGUGUUGCUUCAAGCCCAGGAUACAUAUCAAUGUCUUCAGCUCGAUCAACACCUAAUCUUGAACAUGGUCCUUCUCAGUUACAACAGCUGCAUUUUCAACAAGUUAUUCAACCCACAUAUCAACGACUAGCUUUAGAUCAACCUCAGUUUAAUUUCCAUGGUCAGCAGUCACCUCAGUUAUCACCAAUGUCAAGAUCAUCUUACCGGUCAAUCGGUUCUCCAUUAACACCAAAUAUACUUUCAUCAGGCUCUAAUCAGCUCGCAUCUGAGCAUUCAAUAAGAUCUCAAAUGAGUCUCUCGAGGUCAUCUUUAUCAUCAUUGAGUGGUUCACCAAAUAUUUUCAGUGUUAAUGCACCCAAUAAUAUCCUUGGUUAUACAUCAAAAACUAGUUCAGGUCGGUCAUCUCCGAACGAAACGGCAGCAAAUGUUCCUAGUAUUAAAAGCCAAAAAGCUUCAACAUCAACUGAGUCAAAUACAGGUUGCUCAUCAGCUGCCACUUUAAACACAAGUUCAACAGGUCAUCCUUUGAAUCAAUUGUGUGCUGUUUGUGGUGAUAAUGCUGCAUGUCAACAUUAUGGAGUCCGUACUUGUGAAGGUUGUAAAGGUUUCUUUAAGAGAACAGUUCAAAAGGGUUCAAAAUAUGUUUGUCUUGGUAAUCGUGAUUGUCCAGUUGAUAAAAGAAGACGAAAUAGAUGCCAGUUUUGUCGAUUUCAAAAAUGCUUAGCUGUUGGAAUGGUAAAAGAAGUGGUAAGAACGGACAAUCUCAAAGGUCGUCGUGGUCGAUUACCAUCAAAACCUAAAUCACCUCAAGAAUCACCUCCUUCGCCACCAAUUAGUACAAUUACUGCAUUAGUAAGGGCUCAUGUUGAUACAUGUCCGGAUAUUUCAAAUCUUGAUCUCAGUCAUUACUGCGAGAUGGAGGAAACUUCAACAUUGUAUCCAAAUGUUUUAUCACGUCAACAGUUUGUCAGUAUAUUGAUGUCAUCAAUGGAUGUCUGUAAGAAUUUUGCUGAGAAAAUACCUGGGUUCAGUGAUCUUGAUAAAAACGAUCAAGAAUUGCUAUUCUUUUCUUCUUGCCUUGAGAUGAUCACUCUUCGGAUGGUUUAUCAAAACAAACCUGGAUCGAAGAAGAUCAUACUACCUAAUGGAAUGGUUCUUCAUCGUAAUCAAGUUAAAUUACUGUUUGGUUCUUGGUUUACUAAUCUGGAAUCAUUUUCACAAAGAUUCGCUCAAAUUGAUAUAGACAUAUCAGCAUUUGCUUGUCUCGCAGGCCUCUCAUUAAUCACCGUGCGGCAUGGUCUUGUUGAUCCAAAUCGUGUUGAAGCCCUGCAAAUGAAAAUAAUAGAGUCUCUUAGAGAUCACGUUACUUACAAUGCUGAAGCUCAAAAGAAAUCGCAUUAUUUUUCAUCAAUAUUAUCAAAAUUACCUGAUUUAAGAUCACUCGCAAUGGAUGGGUUAACAAUGCUGCACGAGAUUAAAUUAGAGUCCAUAGUGUCAAUUCCUGACACUCUAUCAAAAUUACUCAUAAAUACGUUAUACUUUUGAAAUCAAUAGAUAACCCCAGUAGUGUUCACAUAUCUCCCUUUCACUCGAGGCUGUUAUCAUUUAAACAAGAAAUCGAACCAAAAUCAAGGCUUGAAAGCAAAAAAAAAUCUAAAAAGUCGUAAAAUGUCUCCUCUGGUCUUCACCUAUCACCAGCAAUAUCAAUGUUCAUCAGUGUUUAUCGUUUAAGCUCAAAUGAAGCACCAGCUUUUAUGGAAUAAGUUCAUCGUCCCGAUUUCAGUCCUCAAAAACCGUCCUUAAGUUUUCUCCGAUAUCAUCACUGCCAUUACAAGUUCACCAACAGUACAACCAAACCUGGCACACCCCAAGUGUCUAUCAUGAUUGUGUCAACCAAAGACUGAAUCUAUCCCAAACAGUUAACUGGAUAUUACACCUUGUUUCAUUGUCCACGUCAUCUACAUCUUCACCAAGUUGAACUCACUCGAAUCAUUGGAAGGAUUAAAGAAUAGGAAUUUCACCACAAAAAUAACCACAAAAUUAAUGAGGAUUACAUCAUAAUCAAUUUAAUAAAUCCAAUAAUGAUGGGAAGAGUUAACCGUUAACACAAAAGGAAUUUAAUUUUAAAACAUUUGCAUUUCAUUGGGUAAUUAUUAAUGAAAACAGUUACCAAAGAUAACAAAAGGGUUCCAAAAGAAAGAGCGGGUUAAUUGAAAAUAGUAAAAUCUAUCAAGUUGUAUUUUUAACGCAUGGCAAUACAAGUCUAGACUUAAAUUAUAAGUAAAAUGGUUGUGAAAAUUAAGAUCUCAGGGUACAUCGGAGAUUAUAACAAUGCUACAGAAAUAAUUCAUUAAUCAAGUCAAGUCAAAUGAAUUAAUCAACCUCCAAUAAUGGUUAAAUGUGUUCAAAUGUUUCUCCAGCAAUGCACAAAACAUUUCUGGUUACAUUUUUCUGUUACUUCUACACAUGUCAACAAAUGCUGAUUUAUUACGAAUUAUACAUGAAUUUUCUUCAAUUGUUCCUGAUCACAGCAAACUUUCUCAAUGGCAACCCACAAAUCACUUGAAAUCAUCAUCAUCACCACAACCAUAAUCACCAAAAAUUAGUGAAACCUCAUCAAACCAUAUCAUAUUGAAUCUAUUUCAUCGUAAAGUUACCAUCAUAUACAAAGAAGUCCUCAUCUCAAACCAAACCAGAGAGUGAUAAGAAGGAAACCAAAAAAAUUAGCUUUGUUCAGAUCAAGAAUCAAUUGUUUCAAUUCCAGAAAACAAAUGUACUUCAAUAAUUAUCAACUUAGUUACAUGGUGAGAAGCAAAUCUGGUUGAUUAAAUGUUAUCUAAACAAGGUAAAUUCAGCAUAGUGAAAAUCAAGAUGUACCUAAAAAUCAGCUUUAAUAGUAUAGAUACUUAGGCUGAUUGAGGUACUUAAAAUGAUCGAGUUGAUUAAUUCCAAGAACAAUAAUUUUACACUUGGAGCCUCUCGAUUGACAAUUAACCGGAUUUGCUCUUCUUAUCAAAAUACCCAAAUAUACGCGUAUAAAUAUUUAUUAGUGUACAAAAAAAACAAUUUAAGUACAUAUUGCUUAUUGUUGUUAUCCUUUACUAUAAUGAUUGUUACCAGUUUGUUAAUUGUGCGAUGUAAAUUAAGACAUAAUUUCCUCGACACAACCUAUUGCUCCAAUAAACAUUGAAUUAUUGAUUUUGGUUCAUCCAAAUCUUUAAACACUUAACGUCACAAGAAAAAACAGAAGCACAAACAGGGCUUAAUCAAUGAUCGUUACCAGUUUCAACCCAAAAACACCUUAAACCAAAAGCCAUGUUAAAAGUGAUUGUUCCUAUUUUGUUUCUUGGUUUGCUUGGCGAAAAUUGAUUACGAUUACUUUGUUAACCUGUUACAACCAAUUGUUAUAUACAUCUCGAUUUAUAAUGCUAUCAAGCAGACUGUUAUUGAAUGAAUUAAUUUAAUUUGCUCCCUUUAUUAGUAUUUUUUAUUUAUUAUAAUAUUUUGUACCAAAACAAAACAAUAAACUCGAUAUAUUUAAGUUAUAAU